AUGUUAUCAGUGCUGCGUUCGGUAACCGCAGCGCCAGCUCGUCAAAUCGCCGUAAGAUGCAUAACCACGGAACCGGCACCAGCUCCAAAAGGAAUCGCUAAAACAGGAACACCGUUUUUGGACACAUCUUCAAAAGCCGAAUAUGCAUUGGCUCGUCUUGACGAUGUGAUGAAUAUGGUACAGCGUACAUCACUGUGGCCACUCACAUUCGGUUUAGCCUGUUGUGCUAUUGAAAUGAUGCAUUUCGCCGCUCCUCGGUAUGAUAUGGAUCGUUACGGUGUCGUUUUCCGUGCUUCACCAAGACAGACUGAUCUGAUCUUCGUUGCCGGAACAGUGACGAAUAAAAUGGCUCCGGCUUUGCGAAGAGUUUACGAUCAAAUGCCCGAAGCUAAGUGA